CCAUACAAGUCAAAUUGCAUGUCCCUUUCCUGCCCGCUGAGAAGCCGAAACCCUAGCGGCCCUAAAACCCCGUUGUUUCCUGUUCGCCUUUACCUUCUCCCUUCUCGCCGCGGUCUAUCAAGGUAGGAUCCCUAACUUCCCUCACUCUUCCUCCGAUAGCCUCCCGUGCUAAGUCUUUUCAGUUUGAUUGAAUGGCUUAUAUUUCCAAAUCUAUGGCUUGAGAUGAAAUGAUGGACAGGGAUAAGCUUAUGAGGAUGGCUGGUGCUGUUCGCACUGGUGGAAAGGGCAGCAUGCGCAGGAAGAAGAAGGCAAUUCACAAAACAACAACAACAGAUGACAAAAGGCUUCAGAGUACUCUGAAGAGAAUAGGGGUGAAUGCUAUCCCUGCUAUAGAAGAAGUGAAUAUUUUCAAGGAUGAUCUUGUUAUCCAGUUUUUGAACCCGAAAGUUCAAGCUUCAAUUGCAGCCAAUACAUGGGUGGUCAGUGGUUCUCCACAGACAAGAAAACUUCAGGAUCUUCUUCCAGGGAUCAUUAACCAACUUGGUCCUGAUAACUUAGACAAUCUGAGGCGGCUUGCCGAGCAGUUCCAGAAGCAGGCACAACCUGCUGAUGGUGCCAACACUCAGGACGAUGAUGAUGAUGUCCCUGAACUUGUGGCAGGAGAGACAUUUGAAGCAGCUGCUGAGGAAAUCAAAGCCACUGAGACCCCAGCUUCAUAAAGGACCUAUUUCCUUCGCCCAUGCUGAUAGGAGAUUCACCUGUUUUCUACAAUGAGUUGGUGUACUGGGAAAGGAUCUUCUUGUGUUCCAUUUUUAGUUUAAGGAAUUGUACCAUUUCGACCUAUUGCUUGCUAUUUGUAGUGCCAUUUUGUUGGGACAUUUUCAGAAUUUAUGAGUCUGCAAGCUCAAGCUGCCUCAAUGUUAACAGAGAUCAAAUCAGCAAUUAGUCCCUCUUCCAAUGUGAAACCUCAUGUACUCAUCCAUUGUUUGCAUUUAUUUAAGAGGUUUGUGAGAAGCUAGUUAUUGUUUAGUGAUGCAAAAAGCUUUUCAGU